AUGCUUUCCAGCCUUAGAACUCUCCGCCUCUCUACUCCUCCUUUCUCUUCCAACUCCUCAGAUACAUCGUACUCGGCGGAUAGCAAUGAAAACCUCAAGUCGGUCACUGAUGAAGUUCGCUCACUUUCUCAGUGCAUUGACAUCUUCGAGAAUGGACCUCGCCCUGUCAGUGAAUCAUUGGCGCUAUUGAACGAUGAAGAAGUCAUCAUGUUGGCACAAUGUGGCAAGAUUGCUGCCUACUCGUUGGAGAAGGUCCUGGGUAUGAAUGAAUUGGAGAGGGCAGUCAGGAUUAGGCGAGCGUUGAUCUCUCGUGCUUCUUCGACGCAGACCCUGGAGGCAUCUGAUAUCCCGUUGUCGAACUACGACUAUUCCAAGGUUCUCGGUGCAUGCUGCGAGAAUGUUGUCGGAUAUAUUCCUCUGCCACUCGGUAUCGCAGGACCUCUGUACAUCGACGGUACUCUGUAUCCUAUUCCAAUGGCCACUGCCGAGGGUACCCUCGUUGCAUCUGCCUCGCGGGGCUGCAAAGCCCUCAAUGCCGGAGGAGGGGUUACUACUGUUCUCACUCAAGACGGCAUGACCCGUGGACCCGCUAUUGAUUUCCCGAGCAUCGUCGACGCGGCAGACGCCAAAAUCUGGAUAGAUUCUCAAGAGGGUCAUGCGACACUCAAGAAGGCCUUCGAGAGCACAUCCCGCUUCGCCAAAUUGAAGAGCUUAAAGACCGCAAUGGCUGGAAGGACACUUUAUGUUCGGUUCGCCACUUCCACCGGAGAUGCGAUGGGGAUGAACAUGAUCUCCAAGGGCACCGAGAAGGCUUUGGAAGUUAUGCAAGAGCGUUACCCCACCAUGGUCGUCCUCGCACUUUCCGGAAACUAUUGCACGGAUAAGAAGCCCGCCGCUAUCAACUGGAUUGAAGGACGAGGGAAGAGCGUCGUCGCUGAGGCUGUCAUUCCAGGCAAGGUCGUUACCUCGGUUUUGAAGACCACCGUCUCGGCAUUGGUCAACCUUAACACCAAGAAAAACCUCAUCGGAAGUGCUAUGGCCGGUUCCAUUGGAGGUUUCAAUGCUCACGCAGCCAACAUUCUCACUGCCAUAUUCUUGGCCACUGGACAGGAUCCCGCGCAGAAUGUCGAAUCCUCUAUGUGCAUGACUCUCAUGGAAGCUGUCAACGACGGCGAGGAUCUGCUUAUGACUGUCAGCAUGCCAUGCAUUGAAGUCGGUACCGUUGGUGGAGGUACAGUUCUCGGGCCGCAAAAGAGCGUCCUGGAGAUGCUCGGCUUGAAAGGUGCCCAUCCCACCAGCCCAGGGCAGAACGCUCAAGGACUCGCGCGUCUCAUCGCGGCUGCUGUCAUGGCUGGCGAACUCUCUCUUCUCGGCGCUCUCGCUGCAGGCCAUCUCAUCAGAGCACACAUGGCACACAACCGACCCCAGGCAACCGUUGAGCCAACCCCUGUCCCUUCGUCUGAAAAGGGACCGCUUGCAAAGGCCCACCUAGGGCGCAAGAAGGACGAUUCAGAGAAGUCACUCCACCAUUCUUCGUCGACUUCAUCACUUCCUCCUUAUUCGAAGUGA